CUCUUCCACGUGGCAUAUGUCCUGAUCAAAUUUGCCAAUUCCCCUCGUCCUGACCUCUGGGUGCUGGAGCGAUCUACUGACUUUGGCCUUACCUACGAGCCCUGGCAGUAUUUUGCCUCUUCCAAGAGGGACUGCAUUGAGAAGUUCGGACUGCAAACCGUGGAUCGUAUCACCAAGGAUGACCAUGCCAUCUGCACUACUGAAUACUCCCGUAUUGUGCCUUUAGAAAAUGGGGAGAUUGUUGUCUCUCUGGUAAAUGGGCGCCCGGGAGCCAUGAACUUCUCCUACUCUCCUCUUCUGCGGAAUUUCACAAAAGCCACCAACAUCAGACUGCGCUUCCUGCAGACAAACACUCUGCUCGGGCACCUGAUGGGCAAAGCUUUAAGGGACCCUACGGUGACAAGGAGGUACUACUACAGCAUCAAAGAUAUCAGCAUUGGAGGGCGCUGCGUCUGCCAUGGCCACGCAGAUGUCUGUGAUGCCAAAGACCCUAAUGACCCUUACAGGCUGCAGUGCGACUGCCAGCACAACACCUGCGGCGGGUCCUGCGAUCGCUGCUGCCCCGGCUUCAACCAGUUCCCAUGGAAGCCUGCCACUGCCGACAGCGCAAACGAAUGCCAGCCUUGCAAUUGCAACGGCCAUGCCUAUGACUGCUACUACGACCCAGAAGUGGAUCGCCACAAAGCCAGCAAAAGUCGCGAAGACAAGUUUGAAGGGGGAGGUGUUUGCAUUGACUGUCAGCAUCACACCACUGGUAUUAACUGCGAGAGGUGCAUCCCAGGAUACUACCGGUCCCCUGACCACCCGAUCGACUCUCCGUACAUUUGCUAUCGCUGUAGCUGUGAGUCUGACUUCACUGAUGGCACCUGUGAGGACCUCACCGGCCGCUGUUACUGCAAGCCCAAUUACACUGGGGAGCACUGCGAUGCCUGUGCCGAGGGAUACCUCAACUUCCCCCACUGCUACCCCAUUCCAGCUUUCACUCACAAUGAUACUGGAGAACAAGUGCUUCCUGCAGGACAGAUAAUAAACUGCGAUUGCUACGCCGGUGGGACCGAAGGCAACGCCUGUCGCAAAGACCCUCGGGUGGGGAGGUGCGUGUGCAAACACAACUUCCAGGGAACACACUGCGACCAGUGCGCCCCAGGCCACUACGGACCCAGCUGCCAGCCCUGUCAGUGCUCCGGCCCCGGUCAAUACGAUGGCACCUGUGACAGAGAGACAGGGCAGUGUCUGUGUCGAACAGGAUUUGAAGGACAUUCGUGUAACCAGUGCGCUCCCGGCUACUUCAACUACCCUCUGUGCCAGCUAUGUGGCUGCAGCGCGGUUGGGACGCUGCCGGGAGGCUGUGACUCCGUCGGGAGGUGUUUCUGCAGACCCGAGUUUGCUGGGCCACGGUGCGAGCAGUGCAGUCCUGGGCACCACUCCUACCCCCACUGCUACGCUUGCUCCUGUGAUUCCCGGGGUGCGGUGGACAACAACUGCAGCCCAGCUGGCCAGUGCCGAUGCCACGCGAAUUUUGCGGGACACACCUGCAACCAGUGUGCCCUGGGCUUCUACGGGUACCCCAGCUGCACACCUUGCCAGUGCUCCCGAGAGGGCUCUCUGCACAGCACCUGCGACCAGGAAACGGGGCAGUGCAGCUGCCGGCCCAAAGUGACGGGACUGCGCUGCGAUACCUGCGUGCCGGGUGCCUAUGGAUUUCCACACUGCGAAGUGGGCUCCUGUAACCCAGCGGGGUUGGUGUCUGUAGAUCCCUCGCUGGCCCCGGGCUCCUGCGCAUGUCGGGCAUACGUUGAAGGCCCAGCUUGUGACAGAUGCAAGCCCUUAUACUGGAACCUGACUCCAGAGAACCCCUACGGCUGCCUGAGCUGCAAGUGUGAUACCAAGGGCACGAUCAGCGGAAUCGCAGAAUGCCGGCAGGGCGACGGGCAGUGUUUCUGCAAACCGAAUGUCUGUGGCCAGUUCUGCUCGGCGUGCAAAGAUGGCUACUUCGAUAUGGAGAAUGCAAAUUACUUUGGCUGCCAAGGCUGCCGGUGCGAUGUCGGCGGGGCCCUGGGGCCGUCCUGCGAGGAGCGGAGUGGAGUCUGUCGCUGCCGGCAGAGCACACGUGGCCCCACCUGCACCCAACCUGCGCGGGACCAUUAUUUCCCUGACCUUCACCACUUGAAAUUUGAGCUGGAGGAAGGCACCACGCCGGCUGGGAGAGCUGUGCGGUUCGGAUACAACCCCCUGGAGUUUGAGGGCUUCAGCUGGCGAGGCUACGCACAGAUGUCCUCCAUCCAGCCCAAGGUAGUGGUGACUCUCAAUGUGACCUCCCCCGACCUCUUCCGCCUCGUCUUCCGCUACGUCAGCCGGGGGCCCGCCAGUGUGGAAGGGAGGGUCUCGGUCGUUGAGGAAGGAAAUUUUAAUGUUUGUGGCAACUGUACAGAGCAGACCAAGCAGAUUGUCUUUGCUCCCAGCACGGAGCCAGCCUUUGUCACCGUCCCCCAGAACAGCUUUGGGGAGCCCUUCGUACUCAAUCCCAACACCUGGUCUCUGGUUGUUGAAGCAGAGGGUGUGCUGCUGGACUAUCUGGUUUUGCUACCCAGCUCGUACUAUGAAGCUCCAAUACUGCAGCUGAAGGUCACAGAGCCAUGUACCUACCAGCCAGCCCCAGAACAAGCCACGCAGAACUGCCUCUUGUAUAAGUACCUGUCUGUGGAAGGAUUCCCUGCUGCUUCAGGGGUGGACGCGGUGUGCAGGCUGGACAACCGAUUGCCCAGAGUGUGUCCCACAGAGCAGCUCACCCCCUCCCAUCCCUGGAUGGCAAUGUGCAGCGGCAGCGAUGUGGAAGUCCAGCUCUCCUUGCCUGUUGCCCAGCCCGGGAAAUAUGUGCUGCUGGUGGAGUACGCCAACACCAAUGCUUUGCAGACAGUGGGCAUAGCUGUGAGCUCGCCACACUUAGCCAUGCAGCAGGGCACGUUCAUCUUCUACCCGUGUGUCUACAGUUUCCUUUGUCGAGGGAUUGCUGUAGAUUCCCAGAGCCGCAUAGCAACUUUUGAACUUACCUCAGAGGCCACCAUUCGGUUCACCUCCGAUCUGGCUGACUUCUUCCUGCACAAAGUGUACCUCAUACCUGCUGCACAGUUCACCAUGGAGUUCAUCGAACCGAAGGUGCAUUGCAUCAGCGUUCAUGGCACGUUCUCAUCCAACAGCAGCUCCUGUGUUCCUUCAAGGUUCCUGAAGCUUUCUCAGUCAAUCAUUUUGGAAGGAGGCCAGGCUCUGCCCAUCGCCCCUGACGUCCCCCUGGCUCAGGCUGUUCAUGUAGCUCUAGCUGGGGUCCCGGUGGAGCCUGCACCUCGGCCUCCCACAGCGGUGGACCCUGCCGCAGAGCUCAUUCUCCUGCAAACACCGCAGGCUGCUGUUGUGUUUAACAGCCGGAUCCAGACCCUGGGACGCUACGCUUUCAUCCUACACUACUACCAGCCCAACCAUCCCACCUUCCCUGUGGAAGUGUUAAUCAACGGUGGGCGCACCUGGCAAGGUCAGACCAAUGCUACUUUCUGCCCACAUGGCUACGGAUGCCGGAGCCUGGUAGUUUCCGAGGACCAGAUUGUCCUGGAUGUUACCGAUAAUGAUCUGACUGUGGUUGUUCGAGUGCCAGAGGGCAAGCAGCUGUGGCUGGAUUACAUCCUCGUGGUGCCUGAGGACAGCUACAGCUCUCAGUACCUGCAGGAGGAACCCCUGGACAAGUCCUAUGACUUCAUCAGCAGCUGUGGUGUCAACAGCUUCUACAUCAGCCCCAGCACGUCGUCGAGGUUCUGCCGUGACUCUGCCAUCUCGCUCUCCCUCUUCUACAACAAUGGGGCGCAGCCCUGCCGGUGCCAUGAAGCGGGGGCACGGGGCAGCCAGUGCGAGCCCUUCGGUGGGCAGUGUCCCUGCAAGUCCAACGUCAUCGGGCGAGAGUGCUCCCGCUGUGCCACUGGCUACUGGGGCUUUCCCAACUGCAGGCCCUGCGACUGCGGGACACGUCUCUGCGACGAAGUGACGGGGCAGUGCAUCUGCCCUCCGCACACCCUGAAGCCAGAGUGCAUCGUCUGUGAGCCCCAGACCUUUGGCUGCCACCCCCUCAUCGGCUGCGAGGACUGCAAUUGCUCUCGGCCCGGUGUGCAGGAGCUGACGGAGCCAGGCUGUGACGUGGACAGCGGGCAGUGCAGGUGUAAGCCCAAUAUCAUAGGGCGGCAGUGUGACCUCUGUGCCCCUGGCUUCUACCACUACCCCAACUGCCGGCGGUGUGACUGCCACCAGGCUGGCACCGAAGCAAGCGUGUGCGACCCGGUCACAGGGCAGUGUCACUGCAAGGAAAAUGUGGAGGGCCUGAGGUGUGACCAGUGCCGCCUGGGAACAUUUUCUUUGGAUGCCAGCAACCCCAAGGGUUGCACCAAGUGUUUCUGCUUCGGUGCAACCGAUCGCUGCCGCAGUGCUGAGAAGCACCGAACGGAGUUCGUUGACAUGAACGGGUGGCUCUUGCUGAGCAGCGACCGCCAGGAAGUGCCGACAACUCUGAGCCUGCGGGAGCAGCUCCUCCACGCUGAUCUCAAGAACCUCCUGGAUGCGUACCAGGAGCUUUACUGGGUUGCACCCAGCUCCUACCUUGGGGACCGGGUUUCCUCCUAUGGUGGGCACCUGCGCUACGAGCUGCACUCUGACCCGCGGAGGGGUGACGUGUUUAUUCCCGUGGAGUCCCGCCCGGACGUGAUCCUGAAGGGAAAUCAGAUGAGCAUCAUGUUUCUGGAAGGCACCUACCCUUCCCCAGGGGAGGUACACAACGGUCAGCUGCAGCUGGUGGAGGGUAACUUCAGGCACACAGAGACACACAACCCUGUGUCUAGAGAGGAGCUCAUGAUGGUGCUGGCAAACCUGGAACAGCUGCAGAUCCGGGCGCUCUUCUCCCAGCUCUCUUCAUCCGUGUCCCUGCGCCGUGUGGUCCUAGAGGUGGCAACAGAUACAGCUACUGGCAUCCGCGCCAGCAACGUGGAGCUGUGCUUUUGCCCAGCUAACUACCAGGGCGACUCCUGCCAGGAAUGUGCUCCAGGUUACUACAGGGACACCAAGGGGCUCUUUCUGGGAAAAUGUAUCCCAUGUCAUUGCAACGGCCACUCAGAUCGGUGCCUGCCGGGCUCUGGGAUAUGCCUUAACUGCCAGCACAACACAGAGGGAGACCACUGUGAGCGGUGCAAGGAUGGCUACGUGGGCAGCCACUCUGCCGAAGAACCCCUGCAGUGUGUUGGAUGUCCGUGCCCUCUUUCAGUUGCCUCCAACAAUUUUGCCAUCGGUUGUGUCCACAAGGGCUCCAACAUGCAGUGCCUCUGCAAGCCUGGCUAUGCUGGACCCAACUGUGAGCGGUGUGCCCCAGGAUACUAUGGCAAUCCCUUGGUGAUUGGCAGUUCGUGCCAGCCCUGCGACUGCAGCGGGAACACGGAUCCCAACAUGCUGUUCAGCAGCUGCGACUCCCUGACGGGCGCCUGCACGGGGUGCAUGCACCACACGGCCGGUGCGCGGUGCGAGGUCUGCGCCCCCGGCUACUAUGGGGACGCGGUGGCAGCCAAGAACUGCACACAGUGCAACUGUUCGCCUUGCGGGACAGACUCGUGCCAUCCGCGAACCGGCCAGUGCUUCUGCAAGACUGGAGUGACUGGCCAGCACUGUGACCGCUGCGAGGAGGGCUACUAUGGCUUCGAGGGAUGCUCUGGCUGCCGGAG